AUGUUGCGGGAUUCACCCGUCGGGAGGGAAUUAAAACAAAUCCGAAACAUUCGGCCCAGUUUCCACGCAUCGCGUCUAGGAAUAGCCGGUGCUAUGUUGUACACUGGCGCAAUAUGGUACUUUUUCAGAGGUCGGGAACCUUGGACUUUUACACACGGAAUACCAGAUCAUGCGGCUGUAAAGCCGACUUCCGAGUGUAAGCCAAUCCAAUAUCCAAAGCCGGACGGUGUGCUCAGCUUCGAUCUGCUCAGCUCAGUCCAACUGACUGGCACUAACCACGACCACGAUGAGCCGGCUCAUUUGACGCUGCUGGAUGAUGACGUGCCGGAGCAAUUCAACCUACCCAUCUACGAUGGGCUCGAACAGCACUACUGCCCAGCUGGUGUUUACGAGUACGUGGAGACUGAGGGAAGCAAGCAUCUGCAAAUAAACGCACAAAACUGCAUCCAUUGCAAGACAUGUGAUAUCAAAGAUCCAACGCAAAACAUUAAUUGGCUUAAGGCUGGUUCCCGCUGUUCGUGUGUUUCAGCAUCUGCUAAAAUUGUCGCCUCUGAGCUGCAGAGUACAGCAGGCUCCACACGAUGUCCUCUCGAGAUGCGGUUGAUUAUGCAGCUCAGGAACGAAUUACCCAAUUGGCCCGACCAAGAAUACUUUGCUUCGGGCGAGGUUCUACCUCUGGUACCGGCGGUCAUGGAGCGCAUUUACAAGGAGGAGUUACUUACGUCCGGUUUUUCGCAUCGUCGUUGUCUCGCAUUAGAGUUGAAUCAAUAUCUGGAGAAGUGGCUAUGGCCUCAUUUUGAUGCACAAAACUCCAGUCGGGCACAUCUUUUGUCUGUAUGCGCCAUGGUCAACGAAAAAUCUCGCGGACGGGUCCCUAUUUGGCAGAUCUUCGUAGCCACACCGGAUCAAUUUAAUGGGCUCCUGCUGCGAGUACUCCGGCUACUGUUGGAGGAAUCGAUACCCUUGAUCGCGUAUCGCAAAACGCUUCUCUCCAACAAAACUAAUACGUCUCAGCCAGUAAUGUCGGAUGUGCAACUGCGCAAAUUUCUACUCGAACAUAUCGUACUACUCAUUUUUUUAUCUCACUGUUUUACCAACCUCGCUGAGGUCGGUGUGCUUCGGCGCAGUCUGCGGGAACUUUAUAGCUUCUCCGUCUGGGCGGCUCAUUUGCAACCUACUCGCCUGGAUUAUGAGUUAAAUGCGCACCCACGGUAUACCCGGAUGCUCAAAAAGAUUCAGAAGCAGCAAGAACGCUUAUCAAACGAAGAACGAGCUAACCUAUCCAUUCAAAACUCAUUUGUGCCAUAUUUUUCGGAUAUUUUUCUGGCUCUUUUGGACUCGAUUCCUUUGGAGGCUGAGGAACAGACUCUUGAACCGUUAUUGGUGCACUACUUAGAACGGUGUGUUUUGCUAUUUGUGGAUUUGGAAAGUAUGCUGCUCACUCGUCGCUUGCUGCAUGCGGUGUUAGACGAUCGACACGUGGUGGUGCGAUGUCAGGCGGCCAAUUUGAGCAAACGCCCGGAAGGAAAAUUGUUCUCCGAGCUAGUGGACAUGUUUGCGUUUUACGCCCACUUUCAAAUUGAUGAGAGCACAGGUGACGCGCUGGAUGAGGAUGAGAUGGACAAACGACACUGUGCCAGGCUAGGAUCCCUUCAACUGCGCUCAUUCGCUCUUCAGAGGAAAAAACUUCACUCUUUGGCUGUCUCCCAUCCUGCCGGGAUCGAAUCCUCUAAUACGUUGCGAAAGCACUUAGAAACCUUGGAUCCUGAAGAAUUGUAUGAACUCGCUGCUUGUUUUAGCCUGGUCCCACCGCAAUCUAAAGAACACACAUCUGAAGUACACGGAGAGCUCCAACCGCCGCUAAAAAAGCCUUGUCUGGAUACUGAGGCGGACGACGUGUUAUCCGGUAUACGGCAGCUUCGAAAUUCCUUGGAUUCUAAGCUGAUGGAUAAGGAUAUGCUUCUUAGGAUCCUCGUACAUCGGUUCGCGCGGCGCCAGUCGGAACUGGAGAUCAUCAAUAAUAUUCCAUUGUACCCAACGGAGGAGCUUCUUUGGGAUGAGAACCGUGUCCCCACUCAAUAUCACUCCGGCGAGGGUUGCUUAGCGCUACCGAAGCUUGGGCUCCAGUUCCUCACUCUGCAGGAUUAUCUCCUUCGUAAUUUCAAUUUGUUCCGCCUCGAAUCAACCUAUGAGAUCAGGCUGGAUAUCGAAGAUGCUGUCACUCGCCUAAAGCCUUGGCGGGGCGAGCUUGGUCAGGUAGUAUUCGAUGGCUGGUCGCGUAUGGCCCUACCCAUUCAGUCUUUCAACAUUGUGGAGGUGGCUAAGCCCCAGCUGGGCUCCAGGCAUCCCGCUCGCGUUCGAGCUGACGUACGUGUUGCACUCACGGGCCUGCGUCCGGAGAUACGUAAAGAAUGGCUUGGUCUACGACGUCACGAUCCUGUAUUCCUGGUCACGAUAAGACCGACAAAAUCACAAGGAUGGAAGUACAACCUAAAUGAGCACUUUGUUCCCCAAGUUGGCUUGGUAUAUGUACGCGGGUGCGACAUCGAGGGACAAGUGGACAAGGAGGGUAAACUCAUUUCAGAUGAGGAACGCCUCGGAUUUUUGCCUUUCAAAGGUGAAAAACCCAACUUGAUGGAGACUUUACCUACCUGGCGCGUUCGUUUGGAUCCUGCGCAGUACCAGAUGGACGCGGACCGCCUGAAGGCAGAACAAACACGAGCCGACGUGCUGCGUGCCAAGGUUGUUCGUGCCAAGCGUGAAGGUCGGUCGGCCGAGGAAAUUAGCGCUUUGGAGUCUCAGGUGGCCGAUGCAGAACGAUCCAGUCCCGAAGAUUUGUACGACACUUUCAACGUACUCAUCCGACGGAAGCCGAAGGAAAAUAACUUUAAGGCGGUUUUGGAUACUAUCAGAGAUCUGAUGAAUACUCGUUCAGUUGUACCCGAAUGGUUGUUGGAUCUGUUGAUGGGUUACCUCGAUCCUGCUGCCGCUCACUACUCCCAUCGACCAGACGUGUACGAGACACAUCAAAAUUGGUUCGACACUUUUCUGAACCCAAGACACCUACGAUCUUCAUUCCCUCAGUACGAUGUUGAAAUUGUUGAUAAACGCCGUAGCAAGAACACGCGUCACACUGACAAGACAGGUAACGCCAGUCACUCCGAUGAACCGGGUCCUCCGUAUCGGCUCAUUUUUCCACUGUUGACUGAUGAUCCGACAGCAAAGGUUGAGGCCAUGGUACCAAUUGAGAUGCUGAGCUCCUCGGAGCUUCCGACCGCCAAACAGGAGAUCAAGUCAACUAAUGGCAGUAAACCUAAGCUGAUUGCCGAGUCGUACGAACCGCCGCUACACCCUCCUUGGCACUUGCUCGCUCAAGCAGGAGGAAUCGUACCACAUCAUGCUUAUUCCUGUGGUCUCAAGCCUGGAAAUCGUGUGCCUUUCACACCAGCCCAGGUGGAAGCUAUACGGUCAGGCAUGCAACCGGGAUUGACCUUGGUAGUUGGCCCUCCUGGAACUGGCAAAACUGAUGUGGCUGUACAGGUGGUCCACAACCUUUAUCGUAACUAUCCUAAUCAACGGAUUCUCAUAGUGACCCAUUCGAAUCAAGCUUUGAAUCAGCUUUUCGAAAAGAUUAUCUCAUUAAAUGUCGAUGAACGGCAUUUACUACGUCUCGGUCACGGUGAGGAGAGCUUGGACACGGAGAAGGAUUUCUCCCGUUAUGGUCGCGUAGACUACGUGUUGGCGAAACGUAUUCAGCUUUUACAAGAGGUUAUGCGUUUGGCAAAGACAUUCCACCACCAUACAUCUAUGGACGCUGACACGGCCUUGAUCACAACACCCGAGGAGAUGAUUAUGCGCGAUGCGGACCAGAUUAACGUUAAUAUACACACGUGCGAGACCGCUCAGUACUUCUUCGUGCAGGAAGUAUUGGCUCGAUGGGAAGAGUUUAUCAGCAAGAUGGCUAACAGCAAUUGUGCUUCUACGGCACAUUCACCACCAUCCUCGACAGAGAGCGACGCUUACGAUCCGUCUGUCAUUCGCAAUAUUUUUCCGUUCACAGAAUUCUUUACUGGAUAUCAAUCACCGCCUGCGGAAAUUAUGAAUCAACUGUUCCCGGGUCAUAGUCUACUCGAAGACAUGGCCGUGGCCAGAACUUGUUUCCACUACCUGCACUCCAUCUUCAUUCAACUGGACGAGUUUCGUGCCUUUGAGUUGAUGCGUACUGGCACGGAAAGAGCCAAUUAUUUAUUGGUGCAAGAAGCAAAGAUAAUCGCCAUGACAUGCACCCACGCUGCUUUACGCCGACGUGACCUAGUGCAAUUGGGUUUCACCUAUGACACCAUUUUGAUGGAGGAGGCAGCACAAAUUUUGGAGAUUGAAACUUUCAUUCCCCUAUUGCUUCAAAACCCUGACUUGUCUGGUCACAAUCGGUUGAAGCGAUGGAUUAUGAUUGGCGAUCACCACCAGCUACCACCGGUUGUACAGAAUCAGGCCUUUAACAACUACUCGAAUAUGGGUCAGUCCCUUUUCGCUCGACUAGUCAAGCUUGGUGUUCCCACUGUUCAAUUGGACGCACAGGGUCGGGCACGUCAGAGUCUGUCACGCUUGUUCAGUUGGCGAUAUCGUACUCUGCAUGAUCUCCCUCACACCACUGUGGAACCGCAAUUUCUGCUGGCCAAUCCGGGGUUUCGUUACGACGUGCAGCUUAUCAACGUUGAUGAUUAUAAAGGUGUUGGAGAAUCAGAGCCCAGUCCAUAUUUCUUUCAAAAUUUGGCCGAAGCUGAGUACGUCGUGGCUGUCUAUAUGUACAUGCGGAUCCUCGGUUAUCCGGCGGAACGCAUCACGAUCCUGACAACCUACAAUGGUCAGAAACAUCUAAUUCGAGAUGUCGUGGCUGCUCGAUGUGGUAAAAACCCACUCUUGGGCUACCCGAGCAAAAUCACUACCGUGGAUCGUUUUCAGGGCCAACAAAAUGAUUAUAUCCUGGUCUCUCUUGUUCGAACUCGGACGGUGGGUCACUUACGUGACGUCCGACGCCUCAUUGUGGCUCUAUCCCGUGCAAGACUGGGGCUGUAUCUGUUCGCUCGAAUUGAACAAUUUGCUACUUGUCCAGAGUUGAAACCGGCGUUCGAUUUGUUGUUAAACGUUCGAGGACCUGGUCCCACGAAACCCACCCAGUUGCAUCUGACUCCAUGGGAGUGCUGGUUGGAUCCUCAGGGAGCCGCCGCUUCGUCGACACAAAGGUUACAAACCGAUUUGCUCACCCAGCCUCCUUUGGUUGUGAAUGACAUGAUACACAUGACCACCUACGUUCACCAGCUGUACGAAGAGAGGUUGCAGGCACUGCUACUCCGGUUGGAACGCAGAAAAACGCAAACUUCAACACCCACUAUGCCUCCCACCUUUGCCACCACAGAAUCAAAAGACUCUGAUCUCGUCAACUGCAAUUCGGGAGUCGAGGAUUCUGUACUUACACUGCCUUCCGAGUCGCUGUCAGGCACCCAGAUGGAAACUGAACCUGUCCAUGUUUCGGAGGAAGCUUCUUUCCCCCACUCGGAACUAAACUCCUCCUCUCAGGCGCGGAACGAUUCCGAAGGUUAA